GAUGAAGUGUGUUCGCAAUGCUUUCCUGAGCAUUUAAAUAAAAUUAUCCAUUUUUAUUAUAAUCGACAUUUGACUUUGUACAAUUAGAACAAGAACAAGUAAACUUGAUUGGGUCCUAAUUCUUUUAUUUAAAGAAUACAUAAUUAUCUUAAGUUUCUUCAUUUUGUGAUUAUGCAUUGUAUUGUUUGUGGGAUUGCAAAAUUUGAUCUGUUUGUUUGUUAAUGAAUGAUGAUUUUGAGGAUUGAUUUCUUAUCUCUGGUUAUUGCUUUGUCCCAAGUUUUGGCUAUUGCAGCAUUGAUUGAUCCAAAUGACUAUGUUGUGCUUCGAUCUUUGAAGGAUUCAUGGACUCAUACUCCUCCGAACUGGGAUAACGACGAUCCCUGUGUCUGGGAAGGCAUUGGUUGCGCGGGCAACCGUGUAGUUUCGAUUACUUUGGCGAGCAAUGGUUUGGAAGGACAGCUAUCUUCGGACAUCACAGGACUGUCCGAGCUGCAGAUCAUGGACUUAUCGUAUAACAAAGGCUUGACGGGGCCUCUUCCUACAUCGAUCGGGAACUUGAAGAAGCUCACGAGCUUGAUACUCGUUGGCUGUGGAUUCUCCGGUGCCAUACCAGCCUCGGUAGGAUCUCUACCGAAACUGCAGUACCUGUCGCUCAAUUCGAACAACUUCAUCGGCGCGAUACCUCCGUCUAUUGGCAACUUAUCGAGCCUUUCUUGGCUCGAUUUAGCCGACAAUAAGCUCACCGGAUCGAUUCCCGUCUCCGAUGAAAGUGGGCCGGGCCUCGACAUGCUUUUCCACACGAAACACUUCCACUUUGGAAAGAAUCAGCUCUCCGGCGACAUACCGUCGAAGCUGUUCAGCUCGAACUUGAUGCUCGUACACUUGCUGCUCGAACACAAUCAGUUCACCGGAAGCAUCCCUUCGACGCUAGCGCUCGUGAAGUCGCUCGAGGUCGUGCGUCUCGACCGGAAUUCCUUAACCGGACCGGUUCCUCCAGGCAUCAACAACCUCACGUCGUUGCAGGAGCUGUUCUUGGCGAAUAACGCGCUCGAAGGAUCGUUACCGAACCUCACGGGCAUGAGUUCACUCAACUACAUCGAUAUGAGCAACAAUUCGUUCGAUCCAACCGAUAUCCCGCCGUGGUUCUCGUCGUUGCAAUCGUUGACAACAUUGGUCAUGGAAAAGACGCAACUUCGAGGGCAGCUUCCAGUAACGCUGUUCAGCCUUCCACAGCUGCAGACGGUAUCGUUGAAGAAGAACAGGAUCAACGGGACGUUGGACAUCGGCUCGAGCUACAGCAAACAGCUAAGCCUGAUUGAUCUACGCAGCAACUUCAUCGAUGCCUUCGAACAUCGAUCCGGAUACACUCCCCAAAUCAUACUCGUUGAUAAUCCGAUAUGUCAAGAAGGAGACCAUGAGAGUUACUGCUCCAUUCCUCAGCAGACCAAUUCAUCGUACUCGACGCCUAUGGAUAACUGCAGCCCGACACCGUGUGCUCUGGACAAAACGUCGAGCCCCAAUUGCGCAUGCUCGUAUCCCUACUCCGGCACGUUAUACUUUCGAGCUCCAUCGUUUUCCAGCUAUGGAAACUUUAGUCUUUUUACAUCCCUUCAGAAGAAGCUUAUGACGACGUUUAACUCUCAAAGCCUACCCGUGGAUUCGGUUUCGGUGAGUAAUCCUACGAAGAACAUCGACAACUAUCUCCUGAUGAGCUUGAGGAUCUUCCCAUCUGGUCAAGAUUUUUUUAACCGAUCAGUGAUUUCUUCGAUCGGAUUUAUGCUCAGUAACCAGACAUUCAAACCGCCGCCUGGAUUCGGGCCGUUCUUCUUCAUUGGCGACAGCUAUCCCUACUUUGCAGGUAGCUUGGCCGGGGCUCAUCACAAAUCGGCGAACACCACUGUGAUCAUCGGCGUAGCGGCUGGCGGCGUCGUCCUGCUUCUGCUGUUAGUUGUAGCCGGAGUUUACGCUUUCCGGCAGCGGAAAAGAGCCGAGACAGCUGCUAAGCAGAGUAAUCCUUUCGCAUUAUGGGAUCCGAAAGCAAACACGGGCGGCGUUCCACAGCUAAAAGGAGCGAAGAGCUUCACGUUCGACGAGCUGAAACAAAGCACAAAUAACUUCUCCGCAAGCAACGAUAUUGGGAAGGGAGGCUAUGGAACUGUGUAUCGAGGAAUUCUUUCCACCGGACAGCUUGUCGCGAUCAAAAGAGCUCAGCAAGGAUCAAUGCAAGGCGGGCUCGAGUUCAAAACCGAGAUCGAGCUCCUCUCGAGGGUGCACCACAAGAACGUCGUCAGCCUCGUCGGGUUCUGUUUCGACCAGGGAGAACAAAUGCUGGUCUAUGAGUACAUCGCCAAUGGAACGUUGAGGGACAGCCUCUCAGGGAAAACGGGGCUGCGAUUAGACUGGAUUCGAAGACUUCGAAUCGCUCUGGGAGCUGCCAGAGGUGUGCAAUACCUCCACGACCUCGCCGAUCCUCCCAUCAUACACCGCGACAUAAAAUCGAACAACAUUUUGUUGGAUGAUCGCCUAAGUGCCAAAGUCGCCGAUUUCGGGCUCUCGAAGCCUAUGGGAGACUCCGAAAGAGGACAUGUUACUACUCAAGUUAAAGGGACAAUGGGAUAUUUGGAUCCCGAAUACUACAUGACGCAGCAAUUGACCGAAAAGAGCGACGUAUACAGCUUCGGCGUACUUCUAUUCGAGCUCUUGACGUCGAGGACACCGAUCGAGAAGGGAAAAUACAUCGUCCGCGAAGUUAAACAAGCGAUGGACACAAGCAAGGACAUGUAUAACCUUCAAAGCCUCCUCGACCCCAUCGUUUCUUACAGCACGUCGCCAAGAAGCGUCGAACGAGUCGUCGAUCUGGCUCUUAGAUGUGUUCAGGAGUCGGGCGUCGACAGGCCAUCGAUGAGCCAAGUCGUUAAGGAGAUCGAAAGCAUUAUGGAGGCUGCCGGCGUGAAUCCUAACGUCGAAUCUGCGUCGACUUCCGCGAGCCACGACGUCGACAGCAAAGGCUUCAACCACCCGUACAGCAACGACAGCCUCUUCGCCUACAGCGGGGGGUUCACGCCGUCGAGGCUCGAGCCGAAGUAGAGCUUGUAAGGAUCGAAGAAACAUAGUGGUUUGUUUUAGGACACAUUAAUUUCGACGGUUUGCAUUCUUUUGUGUAAGUUUCAGACAAUUUUCGACGAAUGUAAGUUCUUUAAUACAAGAGUGUGUUUGGAUUCA